UGGAGCUCCUCGUCGUUCGACACAUCUCUUCAAUAAAAUGGACUCUGGUAAAUCCUCAGCCCCAGUCAAACUCGCAAAAGUCGUUAAGGUUUGACCAGGAAAUUGUUGGAAUGGAAUCUAUGUUCAUCGUAGUGCAGGUCCUUGGACGAACCGGAUCUCGUGGAGGAGUGACACAAGUCCGUGUCGAGUUCAUGGACGAUCCUAGCCGGUCAAUCAUCCGUAAUGUGAAGGGUCCUGUCCGUGAUCAGGACAUACUCGCCCUGCUAGAGUCCGAGCGUGAAGCACGGUGCGCUGUUCUUUUGUUUUGUUUCGAGAUGUUAGUUAAUUUUUCGUCUCUUUUGCUCCAUCUGUAAUUGUCCAAUAGUCGUCUCCGAUAAUACGCCAUACGCUAUAUAUGUGUUUCUUAUCACCUCUGUAUUCGAUACAAGUUUCCCUGUCUGCUAU